GUUGCACCGUCUCCUCUCUUUCUCUCUCUAGAAACCGAAAGAGAGAAAGCAGAAGAAGAAGGAAGAUAACGUAACGAUGUCUUCGGACGACGAAGGAAGAGAGGAGUAUCUCUUCAAGAUAGUUGUCAUCGGUGACUCUGCGGUCGGUAAAUCUAAUCUUCUGUCUCGUUACGCUCGUAACGAGUUCAGCGCGAAUUCCAAGGCGACGAUCGGAGUCGAGUUUCAGACGCAGAGUAUGGAGAUUGAAGGUAAAGAAGUCAAGGCUCAGAUUUGGGACACUGCUGGUCAAGAGCGUUUCCGUGCCGUCACUUCCGCUUAUUACCGUGGCGCUGUCGGUGCGCUCGUCGUUUACGACAUUACCCGCCGCACCACUUUCGAAAGCGUUGGACGUUGGCUCGAUGAGCUUAAGAUCCAUUCGGAUACAACGGUGGCGAGAAUGCUGGUGGGGAACAAGUGUGAUCUAGAAAACAUAAGAGCAGUGAGCGUGGACGAAGGAAAGGCCCUAGCAGAAGCGGAGGGGCUCUUCUUUGUGGAAACAUCGGCUCUUGAUUCCACCAAUGUUAAAACAUCUUUCGAAAUGGUGAUACUUGACAUCUACAAUAACGUGAGCCGUAAGCAACUCAACUCAGACACUUAUAAAGAUGAACUCACCGUGAACCGGGUCAAAGUUGAGAAUUGGGUUAACGGAGAAAACGGUGAGACUUUUACAGCCAUGACUGCACAGUUUGGCACCAUGCUCCCAUCUGAUAAAGACAAAGCGGUUAAACUUCCGGUUGUUCUUACCACUCCUUUGGACAGUUGCUCCAAUUUGACUUCAAAGCUAUCUGGUUCUAUAGCGUUAUCUGUACGUGGCGAAUGUGCUUUCACUGCUAAGGCUGAAGUUGCACAGGCAGGAGGAGCUGCAGCUUUGGUGUUAAUAAACGACAAAGAAGAGCUUGAUGAGAUGGUUUGUAGUGAGAAAGAUACCUCCUUAAAUGUUUCUAUACCUAUUUUGAUGAUUUCAACGUCAUCUGGAGAUGCCCUGAAGAAAUCCAUUAUGCAAAAUAAGAAAGUGGAGCUUUUAUUGUAUGCUCCAAAGAGCCCAAUUUUGGAUUAUGCAGUGGUCUUCCUCUGGCUAAUGUCUGUUGGAACAGUUUUCGUUGCUUCUGUUUGGUCACAUUUUACCAGUCCGAAGAAGAAUGAUGAGCAGUACGAUGAAUUAUCACCCAAGAAAUCUUCAAAUGAUGACGCUACCAAAGGUGGUGCUGAAGAGGAAACUCUUGAUAUCAGUGCUAUGGGUGCUGUUAUCUUUGUCAUAUCAGCGUCCACAUUCCUCGUUUUGCUCUUCUUCUUCAUGUCAUCGUGGUUUAUCUUGAUCCUGACCAUAUUUUUCUGCAUUGGUGGUAUGCAGGGAAUGCAUAAUAUUAUCACUACACUCAUAACAAGGAGAUGCAAUAAAUGUGGCCAGAAGAAUGUAAAACUCCCUCUGCUUGGGAAUACCUCAAUUCUCUCACUCGUGGUUCUGUUAUUCUGCUUUGUGGUUGCUAUCCUCUGGUUUAUGAAGCGCAAAACUUCGUAUGCAUGGGCCGGCCAAGAUAUUUUUGGUAUUUGCAUGAUGAUUAAUGUCUUGCAAGUGGCUCGGCUACCUAAUAUCAGGGUUGCUACCAUUCUUCUCUGUUGUGCAUUUUUCUAUGACAUCUUUUGGGUAUUCCUAUCACCACUAAUCUUCAAGCAAAGUGUAAUGAUUGCGGUUGCACGUGGGAGCAAAGACACUGGAGAAUCUAUUCCCAUGCUUUUGAGAAUUCCACGGCUUUCUGAUCCAUGGGGUGGUUACAACAUGAUCGGUUUUGGAGACAUUCUUUUCCCGGGCCUUCUCAUAUGCUUUAUUUUCAGAUAUGACAAGGAAAACAACAAAGGAGUCUCGAAUGGAUAUUUUCCGUGGUUGAUGUUUGGCUACGGACUUGGCCUUUUCUUAACAUACUUGGGAUUGUAUGUAAUGAACGGGCACGGUCAACCUGCAUUGCUCUAUCUUGUCCCUUGCACGCUCGGAAUCACGGUCAUUCUCGGGUUGGUGAGGAGAGAACUCAGAGACUUGUGGAACUAUGGGACUGAACAGCCUUCAGCUGCAGAUGUAAAUCCAUCUCCAGAAGCAUAAAUUGCUUCAACAUACAUAACUCAAAACUCUGGAGACUGAAGAACAAGAAGAAGAAGAAACCAAAAAUUUUCUUUUGCACAUAAAAAUAUAAGAAAUCUACACUU